AUAGACAGAAGAGGAGGUAAACGUGAAGGCGCCGGGCGGAAGAAAUCGCCUGCGUUAACGAAAAUAACGAGGAAGAUCAAUCAGAAACACUGGAGAGCCAACCACCAUUCCAUAUAUUUGGAAAAUCGGGUUUUCUCAAGCUGGAGAAAGAUUCGUGCGGAGGGAACAUUUGGCAACGAUUCGGAGUUCGCUUCAUGGCUGCUCGGUUUGGAGCUGAGACGAAGGCAAGAAAAUGAGUGAGUAUAAGUACCAGCUCGUUCUGUAAUUUAGACGGAUGUGUGAUAUUUAUACUGGACAGAAAUGUUUGAACAUCUCUUCAUUUUUUGUAGAUUGAAUGAGAUGGAAGAGACUCGCAAACCAGCCAAAAGAGCGAGACAUUCCGAAGAUCAAGAAGGUACAUGCAUGUUUGUAUACAUAUACGCUCGACUUCUUACUUGAAAUUCUAUUAACUUAAAUUUUAUUAACUUACCGUACACGUGUUUUUUUUUUUGUCAUGUUUAAUGCCAGGUCCAUUGACUUCGACUCCAUUGGGAAAAGGCAGAGAUCUUCCUGAUAUUUCUAUUAUAAGUACUGGCAGUAGUGAGAAGUGUGGAAGUUUAACAUUUGAAAUGCGUGUUCUCAGUGCAAUUUGUGGCAGUAGAUGUUUUUUAUGAGCUCUGUUAACUACCCAGUUGUAUUAACAUAAACGUAUAAUAUAUAUGUAAGGGCCACACCAGUUCAACAAUUUGCAUUGUAUGGAAUUUGUCUGCCAUGAAAAUCAAGUAUUGGCUAAAUGCAAUCAAAAUAAAAAUAAUUGUCAAGAAAAAAACUCUUUUGUAGCAGCAAUGAGUGUGGACAGUAAUAAUAAUUAUUGCCUUGUAUCUCUAAUGAAUUUUACUAAAUGUUUGUUGUUCGUCACAUGUUGCAGGUCACACUCAUUUAUUGAUGUCACUGGCGUUGGGUCCGAAAGUCCAUUUGCUGUCAAUGAAUCUUGCAAAAUAGUUAAUGACACUGUAGUCAUUGACCAUGAGAGUGACAAUGAGCAUGACAUCAGUGACACGGAGAGUUCAACCUCGUCUUCAGAACAAAGUUGCGAUAGGUACAUUGUAAACAAGUCAUGUAAACAAUUGUACUGUAAAUGGCAUUCCUUUGCAGUUUCUUCAACACUGACUGUAAGAAUAUUAGGCCAGAUAAUCAAUAAUCAAUAAUCAAUUUUCCCCUGGCUAAUUUGAGAAGAAAAUGAAGGAGUUUUAUCAAGUAUCUAACUAUUAUGGCAACAGAUUGAUAAUCUGUUUGUAUUCCCAACCACGUGACCAUUUUGGCUGAACAAAGUAGCUAGAUCAGAAGUGUGCCUUGAUCUCUUUUGUAGUUUUGGGAAAGUUAUUGAUAUUGUCAUUGUUUAUUUCGUAUUCCUUUGAGUAAAAAUCUUUUCUCUUUCUGCUGAUCUGAGUAAAGGCUUGUUUCACCUUUUGUUACUUUUUGGAAAUUAAGUCUUGUUUUUGAUUUUGGGAAAUGUGGUUUGUAAUGAUGGAGCCACUUGAGUAUUGUAACUAGCUAACUCGACAUCAUUGUAUUUUUUUUAAUGUUAUCUCAGUGACCUUGAAGAUGCCCUGAAGCUACUCAAUGAAGACCUGACUAUGGCAGAGGAUGAUAGUGACAGUGAUGAUAGUGAAUUUGAACCACUGUAAGUAUGAUUCUGCAAGACACAUAGGAUAAUGACAAACAACAUACAAUAGAAGAUUGUUUGAUUGUGGAUGAUGUAGCUGUUAAUUUUAAUACCCUGUUUGUUACAUUCUUAGUGGAGAAGACAAAGGCCCUGAGAGUGAAGUUGAUGAGUUGGAUGAGACAACCGUGUUGGAGUUCACAGAAGUGUUAGCCGUGCUUGUGGAGGAUGGAAGUUUGUCAGUCCAGCAGCUGCCAACAUCCCAUGUUGCACAGUCUGAUAAAUCAACUACAGGUUCUGUAUCAGUGUGGACCCAGACAGCUUUUGAGCAGAUGAGCCAAUCAUCCAUCCCAAAACACCAGCCUGAGUAUGGUCCUCAUAAACGCUUUUCAAGAAAAGAAGAAGAAAUUCUCUAUACAGAAGAACUUGGUCAUAUCAAAGGAACGAAAGUAAUCUGCUCGUUAGAUCUGCUGCUGCAGCAGCUUGCAGGGCCAUGCAAGUUUCCAGGGUGCAUUCACAUGGCGACUCUUGAAUACUCACUGUGUGGCACUUGUGCAGUAAUUCGUUGCAAGUGUCCAGCUGGGCACAAGGGACGGUUUUGUACUUCAGGAGAUGCAAAUGGCAUGUUGUCCAAUAACCUCCAAACGGCAGCUGCAGUUCUCACGUCAGGAAACAAUUUUUCAAAAAUUGAAAAAUUUGCAAAGCACCUAGGACUCGAGAGUCGAGAAUCCAGAAACUGUAUUGUGCCCCUGUAA